CCGGGAUAUGGAAGAUCUUAUGAUCCAUUCUAAAUCUAGUUCCUUGGGUGAAAUUUACCUGUCUUCCCAAAUAAUUCCGUACGUACCUGAAGUAUCCACAUCACCUGCAGUCCAUCUGGCCAACACGACCCACGGUAUACAUUCCCCAGCGGCAGCUAUCUAACAAAGAUCUCUCUUCCUCUCUGAUACACGCCUCAAGCGCACUUUACUAGUUUUCUAGUGCUAAACUGCUAUUUCAUCUCGUCACUGCACUGUACGUGAUUAUUCUCAAGAAUUACCUUUCUGGUGCAAGUACCAUUUGCCUAGAAAUUCUCUCAAUAUCAUCCAUCUCCAAUCGGUGUCUAACCUCUUUUUGUUUCGCUUUAUUCUUCCUUCGGAAAAGUUACACCUGUUUUUUUCGCUUCGAGAACUACUUUAAAUGUACAUCCAUCUACAGACCAACAGAACACUGUACUAGCUAUAUAUACAAUUACAAAAUAACUACCCGAUACAGCCCAUGAGUAUCCAUCGACCAUCCACAACUCCCUACCAUCAAAGUCUCGUCGCCGAUCAGAGCCAAGGUUUCGGCGCUCAUUUCAAAUAGCCCUUUCAAAGAACUCUACGUGAUUAAGGAUAAACGUAAUUCGCGCUCUCUUGACCGCAGAAAGAUAUUCCAGGAUUCUGAACGAGGUGGCUGCCUUGCAUGCCUCGCAGGCACCCUUCUCCCGUCGAAUGUCAACUGAAGGCACCCAAUCUCCAAACACCGAGGGUUACUUUCCAACCACACGUCAAUACGUCGAUGCAAGACAAUAUUUCUACCUAAUCUCUUUGGGUUUCGUGCGUUUCCAUCCACCGCUGAUCUUUCAAGUACCUAAUUUCCAGAGCUGUGGACCCCAAAACGAAAUAGUUACCAAGAACUCCUUUAUCGCAACUGGACCAAUCAGAGCGCACUAUAAGCGAAUUGACGAGACCAGAGUGACGCCGAAACACUCCUGUGUCCAAUUGUCCAAGCCACCCUACAUCAUAUCGUACUUAAAUAUACGCCUGGCAGGGCUGUUGUCCGACCCAGGAACCGGGAAGAUACCAUUGCCAGGUCACAGAGACGCGGCAUACAUCUCAUAUCCCUAUCAAUUUGACCACUCAUUAUCAAUCAUAUUUAGGCUGAUCAAAUCCACUACUUCUCCCACUCUAUCCUUCAACCGUACAUACCCACAUCUCACCCUGACAUUUGGAUACCACAUUACUCCUAUCAUGGCUUCGUACAAAACUGCCGUGCCCGGCAAGUCCUUCAAGACGUCCCUUAUGUACUCGGUCCCAGUACGACGUCUUAAGGAGAUACUUAGCCAUGUGGUACCGGAUAUAAAAUUAGGGAGUGUCGAAGAAUUACCCUCUACCCAGCUACCCAGACUAUACACUCUCAACAUGUCGAAUGAUAACAAACUUCUCCUAUCCUUUGCGCCCAGCUUAGCAGUCCGGCUCUUGAGACACGAGACUACGCUUCAAUAUUCCGAAGCAACACUCGUGCAUUUCCUCGAGACGUCGAAUCAGAAAGCCAAUUCUGCAAAUUCUGAGGGUAUGGAAGAUGUAGAACAUGGUAUAGCAUCCAAAAAGCUAGAAGACGUGGUGCCAAAAAUGCUAAAGCAUUCAUCCAAUAAUCGAGAGAUGGCAUAUCCAUACACAAUAUUUGAACCGACACCUGGGAAAGCAUUGUCUGCCCUCUCGGUAUACCUCAGUCUACCGGAACGUCAGCUCAUCGAUAAACAAGUCGGAUCACUGACGAGAAGCUUAGCCUCUCUCACCUCACCCAACGGCAAAUUCGGCACAGCAGCUCGAGUUCUCCCAGACCCCUUCAAACAAUCACCCCCUUCAGCCCCCUUGGGCGAAGGCUCCACAACCUGGUCAGAAGCUUUCAACACCUUGCUUGAAUCAAUUUUGCGAGAUGGAGAGGACAUGGCGGUCUUGCUCCCAUACGAUGUGGUGCGAUCACACUACCAACGCUUAUCCUGGCGCAUGGACGCCAUCAAGCUCCCUAGAUUGGUACUACUCGAUCUAGGCGAACGAAACAUCAUGAUUGAGAAUGGAAUUAGAGAUGGUACAUCACACAUCCCUACUGAAAGUCUCAAAUUGACAGGACUGCGGAACUGGAGUCAAGGAAUCUUUGGAGAUCCACUACUCUCAAGCGUAUUUGAAAACCCAAGUGAAGGUUUUCUUGAAGGCUGGAAAGCAGGAGAUGAGGGAGAUGAUCUUAUCGAGGACAUGGACAAUGCACAGGUGCGACUGUUGCUCUACCGCUGCUACCGAGCGGUAGUAGGAAUAGUGACGGAGUACUACCGACCACAAAGCGACAGCAGUAGACGCGAGUUAGAAAACAGGAGGAAUUUAACAGCAGCCUUGUCAGAGCUGGAAAAGGUGGACGUUGCAGUCAAUGAUAUGCUCAAGAGAGCGCGAAGCCUGAGCUCAUCCGUACCACCGGAGGUCGAGGGCUCCAAGAGGCGGAAAAUUGGUAUCGAGGAUUUGGUCGAGGAAAAUUGAAGCUUACUAGCGUGUUUGAUGUAAUUAGUGAUACCCAGGCAACAUUAAUCUUAUCUUGUAAUUCUUUUCAAUAUUUAUUCGGGUCUUUUCCCUCGACUUCUUCCCUC